UUCCGCCCAUUCAACACGAAAACAAAUAGGGAAAAAACGAGGCGGACCCAGCUAUUGCUUCGACGGCAGAUCGCCGCCGGCCGGCGACUUCCAAUUUUCUAAUCGCUCCGUCCGGAGCUCGCACGCACGGCGAUCCCGCCAGAUCCCGAUUGAAUUAACUAUCGCGGUGAUGGGCGGCCACAUUCUAUGAUUCUCGUCUCCGCGGCGAGGAGGAUGGUGUAGCGUAGCAGGGGGAGGAGGAUAAGAGCGGCGGCGAGACGUGGGGGAGGGGACGGGGAUGGAGGGGCAGCACAAUCCUCCCGCGCACCAGUACGCCGACAACCCGAAGCCGAACCACGGCCGGAGGAAAGCGUGUGGAGCGCCAACGAAGAUGGGCGCCAGCGACCAAGCCAGCCAGCCAGGCGCCAAGGUGGGCACCGGCGGCGACCAAGCCAACCAGCCGGGUUCAAAGAUGGGCACUAGCGAUCAACCCAAUCAACCGGGUGCCAAGAUGGGCACCAGCGACCAAGCCAAUAAUCAACCAGGCUCAGUUGCUACGACGGAGAGAUUAGAUCGCCUUUUAAGCCAAGCAGCAAACAGAUGUUGUGCCGACUGUGGUGCUCCAGAUCCCAAAUGGGUAUCAUUAACAUUUGGUGCGUUCAUUUGUAUCAAGUGUUCUGGGGCUCAUAGAAGCCUCGGGGUGCACAUUUCCAAGGUGGUCUCGGUGAAGCUAGAUGAAUGGACAGAUGACCAAGUUGAUUUUUUGAUCGACUCGGGUGGAAAUGGUGCAGUAAACACUACAUAUGAGGCAUUUCUUGGAAAUUACACAAAGCCAAGGCAAGAUUGCUCAGCGGAUGACCGAAAUGAUUUUAUAAGACGAAAAUAUGAGUUUCAACAAUUUUUGUCUAACCAACAACAGCUUUCCUGCGUAUCACAAAAUGGCAAACAUCAUUACCAGCAGCAGCAGAGUAGCUCAAAUCGAUAUGGUUUAGGCCAUGCUUUCAGGAACAGCUGGAGGAGAAAAGAAGAUCACAAACCAGUAAAGAAAGCUGUGGAGGUGGGUAUGGUAGAGUUCGUUGGAUUAAUUAAGGUCAAUAUCUUGAGAGGCACAAAUCUAGCUGUCCGUGAUGUCAUGUCAAGCGACCCUUAUGUUAUUCUUAACCUAGGACACCAGUCGAUGAAAACGAAGGUGAUAAAGAGCAGCCUGAAUCCUGUAUGGAAUGAAAGACUUCUGCUAUCGAUACCUGAUCCCAUUCCGCCGCUUAAAUUGCAAGUCUAUGACAAGGACACGUUUACCACGGAUGACCGGAUGGGUGAGGCUGAGAUCAACAUUCAGCCACUGGUUGCUGCAGCCAGAGCCUAUGAGACCAAGGCUGUCACAGACACCACUGAGCUCAACAAAUUGCUGGCGAAAGAUGGCAUCUGGAUCCCGAGAGACAGUCCCAUCUCCGUCAUCGACAACAAGGUUAAGCAGGAGGUGACCGUGAGGCUUCAGAACGUCGAGCGUGGCCACCUCGAGAUGGAGCUCGAGUGCGUCCCACUCACGCAAUAGCUGUGUUCCGCUCGGAAUUCUCUCGCUCUAGUGUUCUGUUGUCAACAUGGUCACACAGAACAAUUUCUGUGCAAACACUAUGAGACUUGCUUGUGCGGGUAAUGUGAGUACCUAGAAUCUAAUCGCACAUUCAGGCUUUCCUGUAAAACAUAUAUACUUGUGUAAGGUUAGAAGGAAUUACAUAAUGUGGCUUGCAAUUCGCUGAGUAAAAUGGAGAUCAUUCUAGCAUAA